AUGCAAGCAGACAGCCGCGGGAGUCUAGAUGGCAAGGCACCCUUGCCUUGUCCUUUCCAAGAACCAAUGAUAGCACCCAAGCACAUGCAAGAUGGCUCAACGGCAGUAGCUGAGCGGUUGGAAACAGUUAAUUUAAGUGAUGACCCCUCUGCCCCAAGACCCAUCUCUGUCAGUGUUCAUUUAACGGGGGAAGAAAGGGAAGCUUUGGUGUCGUUAUUGAAGGAAUUUCGAGAUGUGUUUGCUUGGAGUUAUGAAGAGAUGCCCGGCCUUAAUCCAAACUUGGUGAGUCAUACGCUGAAUAUUGAGCUCGGUGCAAGACCUGUUGUACAACCACGAAGGAAUUUUCAUCCUGAAAUUGAGAAACAAAUCAAGGUGGAAGUUGAAAAGCUGCUAGCCGCUGGAUUCAUCAAGCCAAUCAAACACCCGACAUGGCUAGCAAAUAUCGUACCCGUGAAGAAGAAAACUGGGGUAAUCAGAAUAUGCACAGACUAUCGUGAUCUCAAUCGAGCCUGCCCAAAAGAUGAAUUCCCGCUGCCCAACAUGGAUAUCUUGAUUGAUUCAACCUCGGGUCAAGGCAUGCUAUCCUUCAUGGACGGAUUUAGUGGCUAUAAUCAAAUCAAGAUGUCUCCCAAGGAUGCCGAGAAAACAGCCUUUCGAACACCUUAUGGAAAUUUCUACUACACGGUCAUGCCAUUUGGUCUCAAGAAUGCCGGUGCUACCUACCAACGGGCCAUGACGGCAGUGUUUCAUGAUAUGAUGGGAAAAGAGGUGGAAGACUAUGUGGAUGACCUCGUAGUAAAAUCCAAAACCAGAGAAAGUCAUCAGGGAGUUCUGAGGCGGGUGCUGGAAAGGUGCCGGCUGUAUGGGUUAAAAAUGAACCCAAAGAAAUGCGCAUUCGGAGUCUCAUCUGGCAAGUUCCUGGGCUUUCAGGUACACCAGCGUGGUAUAGAUGUGGAUUCUGAGAAAACCAAAGCCAUAUGCUCUCUUGCACCACCUAAGAAUCCAAAGGAGUUGAAAAGUUUUAUGGGAAGAUUGUCAUACAUUCGGCGUUUUAUUCCAGGCCUUGCUGCAAUGAUGAGUGUUUUCACUCCUCUCCUUAAAAAAGGGAAGCCAUAUAUAUGGAGCCAGGGAUGCCAAGAAGCUUACCAACGGGUACAACAACUGAUCACCAAGCUGCCCACGAUGAGGGCACCUAUUCCAGGACUUCCACUCAAGCUUUACUUGGCUGCGACAAAUGCUGCGGUUGGAGCUUUGCUUGCGCAGGAUGGCCAUGACGGGGAGGAAAGCCCCGUUUAUUAUGUAAGCCGACAACUGAGAGGAGCUGAGGCAAGGUACCCAAAAACGGAACUCUUAUGCCUUGCUCUUGUCUAUGCUGCGCAGCGCUUGCGACACUACUUCCUUGCUCACAAGUUACAACUCAUAGUAAAGUCCGAUCCCGUAAGAUAUCUGCUCACAAGGCCGGUAUUAUCCGGUCGUCUCGCACGUUGGUUAUUGCAGCUUUCCGAAUUUGAUAUCAUAUGCACAACUCCUAAGGCCAUCAAGGGACAAGCUGUGAUUGACAUGCUAGCUCUAUUCCCCGAAGUAGAAGGAUCAACCCUUUCCAAGGAAGUCCUGGGAGAGCUGCCGGAAAUGGUUGCUACUGUUACAGAGGAGGAACCAUGGACCCUCUACUUUGAUGGGUCUUCCACAUCAAAAGGUGGAGGGGCAGGUGUUGUGCUCAUUAAUCCCUAUGGGCAAGCUACGGCUCUCUCAUUCAAGCUAGACUUUCCAUGCACGAAUAACGUGGCAGAAUACGAAGCUUUUAUUGUGGGAUUGUCCACAGCAAGAGAAAUGGGCGCAGAAAAGGUGAAGAUCAUCGGCGAUUCGAACCUGGUACUAAGUCAAUUGCAAGGAAGCUUUGCGGUGAAGGAAGCAACCUUGGCACCAUAUCGGACAGCUGCUGAAAGGCUCAUUAAUUCCUUCAAGCAAAUCGUGAUGGAGCACAUUCCAGGAGCCACCAAUAGGUACGCUGAUGCUUUGGCCACAUUGGGAUCGAAGCUCUCAUUUGUGCAAGAACAGCCCAACAUCACCGUGAUAAGGAGAAGCACACCAGUGGUCGAAGCAAUGGCCCAAGGGGACCUGCUGGAAGAGGAUGAUUGGAGAAAGCCACUGAAGAAAAAAUUAGGUGAAGAGAGCAGCAUUAAAGACUUGAAAGACUAUGUGACUAUCUUUGGGGAACUCUACAGACGUCUUCCGGGAGGUGUUCUGACCCGGUGUGUUGGGAUGGCAGAAGCAAGAAGGAGGUUGCAAGAGGUACACGAUGCCACUUGCGGCUUGGAACCAGUAAUCAGCCUGUACCGGCGCUUGCAACGCAAAGGUUAUUAUUGGCCAGAGAUGAAGAAGCAAGCAGCUGAACUACAAUCCGAUUGUCCCACCUGUUCUACGAUACCCUCUACAGAGGAGUCAUUCACUGUUUCAUUUGCAGAAGAUUGGCGGGCUCCAUACUUGGCAUUCUUUGUUGGAGGAACUCUGCCGACCAACCCCAAGCUUGCCUAUAAGCUCAAAAAGACCAUGAAGAGGUAUUUUGUUGAUGGGUCAACUCUCUAUCGGAAGGGGUUUAAUGGUGAGCCAUUAAAAUGCUUGGGAGAAUCAGAGGCACGUCAAGCCAUGCAAGAGAUACAUGCUGGAGAGUGCGGAGAGCACCAAGGAAUGAAGAAGCUUCACCGGCAGCUACUAAGCAUUGGGUAUUAUUGGCCUACCAUGAAGAAGGAUGCACAUGACUUUGUUAAGAAAUGCCACACAUGCCAAAUCUAUGCUAAUCUAAGCCACAAACCUCCUACAUUGCUGCAAGACAUGCGCACUCCCUGGCCUUUCCAUACUUGGGGGCUUGAUUUAAUUGGGACAAUCCAUCCCCCUUCCGAUGGCUACAUAUGGAUCCUCACCGCUACGGAGUAUUUCACGAAAUGGGUUGAGGCAAUUCCCCUUCGAAAGGCCACAGGAGCUGCUGUCUCGAAUUUCAUUCGGGAAUACAUUGUGUGUAGGUUCGGAAUCCCAUACAAGAUGGUCACCGACAAUGGCACACCUUUUGUUAACAAGCAAGUGAGUUCAACCCUUAGUGGGUACGGUAUCAAGCAUCGUCGCUCUACGCCUUAUUACCCGCAGGGAAACGGUCAAGCAGAAGCUACCAAUAAGACGAUAUUGAGGAUUCUAAGCAAGAUGGUAUAUGAGUAUCAAGAAGGCUGGAGUGUUCACCUGCCGGAUGCUUUGUGGGCUUAUCGCACCUCACCAAGGAGCGCUACAGGUUUUUCACCUUACUCACUUGUGUACGGAUCUGAGGCUAUUUCACCCGUGGAAAUCACCAUCCCGACAGCCAGGAUAGCAGCUGUCAAUGAUCUUGAAUGGGAUGCAAAGACAUGCUCAGAUUGGCGUUUGCUAGAUCUCGAAGCAGUUGAUGAGAAAAGGAUGGAAGCUGAAAGAAGGAUGGCACUUUACAACAAGACUGUUGCCCAAGCCUAUAACAGGACCGUUAAGCCUCAAGCCUUCAAGCAAGGAGAUCUCGUGCUAAAAGUCGUUGAACAUGUGAGAAGGCAAAUGUCAGGACCUUCCAAAUUUGCCCCACAAUGGGAGGGUCCAUUCGCAGUCAAGGAGGUACACAGCAGCGGUUAUUAUCGCUUGAUCUCUGUCAAGGAAGGCAUGCUAAUGGAUCCCAUCAAUGGAAAAUGGCUCAAGCCCUACUACUGCUAA